UUCUAUAAUUUUUAUUUUGCGUGUAGUAACCAACUGCAUUCUUUUUCUUCCUAAUUUAAGUUUGCCGGAGUUUUUCUUUCAAAAAAAGUUUGCCGAAAUUUCUAUUUUUUUUUAAUUUUAGAGUUUAUAUCGUUCGCGCUGUUUCUAUCUCUUCUCUGUUCGAUGAAUUUUUCUGUCUCUUUCUUCUUGUUCAUGUGAAGUUGAAGCAAACGCGUGUCAUUGGCAUAUAAGCCUUUGACACGAUUUCAAUCAUUGUUCUCGCUUCGCCUUUUUAACACGUCCUUUCACUUGGAUUUUCUCUGCGUUUGAUUUCUCGUCGGUGAAUUGCUGUUCGCGUUAUAAUACUUUUUAACAGAUACGGUAGAGACAGAUGGACAUUGGUGCCCUUUUAACUUCAGCUGGGAUCAAUAUUGCCUUGUGCAUCUUGCUUUUUUCAUUAUAUUCAAUAUUGAGAAAACAACCGAGCAAUAGGGUUGUGUAUUUCGGACGGAGGCUUGCUUCAGUGCGUAUUAGGAACAAUGAUUUCUUCUCCAUUGACAGAUUUGUGCCUUCUCCUAGUUGGAUUUGGAAGGCCUGGGAAACAACUGAAGAAGAAAUAUUGGCCAUUGGCGGCCUUGAUGCAUUGGCUUUUCAAAGGAUGCUGACUUUCGGCAUCCGGAUCUUUUCUAUUGCUGCAAUCAUUUGCCUUGUUCUAGUGCUUCCGAUGAACUAUUAUGGCAAGGAGAUGCAACACAAACAUAUUCCAUCAGAAUCACUGGAUGUAUUUACAAUAGGGAAUGUCAAAGAAGGUUCCAGAUGGCUUUGGGCCCAUUGUCUUGCUUUGUAUGUCAUAUCCUGCGCAUCCUGUCUUCUCCUGUACUUUGAGUAUAAAAGUAUUACUCAAAUGAGGCUAGCACAUAUAACCAGAUCUCAUCUGGAUCCAAGUCAUUUUACCAUUCUCGUCCGUUCAAUUCCAUGGUCUCCAGGAGGAUCAUACAGUGAUACAGUUAGAAAUUUCUUUACUAAUUAUUAUGCAUCAAGCUACUUGUCACACCAAAUGGUGUAUCGACGGGGCAUUAUUCAGAAAUUAAUGGUGGAUGCGGAGAAGAUGUGCAAGAUGCUUAUACCCGUUCCUAGUGAUCGGCCAAAUUUACAGCCAUGCUGUUUUUGUGCAAGAAAUACAAAUUCUUUUAAGAUGCUCUCUAGUGAACCAGACAGCAUCAAGGAUGACAUCAGCUUUUCUGAUCUGACUGUAGUUUCCAGAGAUGAUGAAGUUCCUGCUGCUUUUGUUUUUUUCAAGACUCGCUAUAGUGCAGUGGUUGCCACACAGAUGCUUCAAUCAUCAAACCCUAUGUUGUGGGUGACUGAAAUGGCUCCAGAACCUCAUGAUGUUUUAUGGUCAAAUCUCUCUAUACCAUACAAACAGCUUUGGCUCCGUAGAAUAGCAACGCUAUUGGCUGCUAUAGUCUUCAUGUUUUUGUUUCUUAUUCCUGUGACAUUUGUGCAAGGCUUGACUCAACUAGAUAAGCUAUCAAGAACAUUCCCAUUUCUGAGAGGAAUUCUAAAAAAGGCCUUCAUCAGCCUUGUGGUGACCGGUUACUUGCCAAGUGUCAUCUUAAUGCUGUUUCUGUACACUGUUCCACCCAUGAUGAUGUUCUUUUCAUCAGCAGAGGGGCAUGUAUCUCGUAGCGAAAGGAAAAGGAGUGCAGGCUUGAAAAUCUUGUACUUCACAAUAUGGAAUGUUUUCUUUGUCAAUGUGUUCUCAGGUUCCGUUAUAAGUCAACUGAAUGUCUUCUCUAGCGUAAGGGACAUACCUAUGGAACUUGCCAAAGUAAUACCCACUCAGGCUAGCUUCUUCAUGACUUACGUUUUAACAUCAGGUUGGGCAAGUCUGGCCUGUGAACUGAUGCAACUAUUUCCUCUUGGCUGCAACGUGAUCAAAAAAUUCAUUCUCAGAAUUGAAGAAGAUUCAUCUGAUGACCUCAUGACAUUCCCAUACCACACGGAAGUUCCCAGGGUCCUACUGUUUGCUCUUAUUGGCUUCACCUGCGCAAUCAUGGCUCCCUUAAUAUUGCCCUUUUUGCUGGUUUACUUUUUCAUGGCAUUCCUUGUAUAUCGUAACCAGAUCCUGAAUGUAUAUAUACCAAAAUAUGAAGGUGGUGGUCGUUUUUGGCCUAUGGUUCACAACACGACAAUCUUCUCAUUGGUGUUGUCCCAAAUUAUAGCAAUUGGUGUCUUUGGGAUUAAACAAUCACCAAUUGCAUCAAGUUUCACAUUUCCACUGGUUAUUUGCACGCUUCUAUUUAAUGAAUAUUGCAGACAGAGAUUUUCUCCAGUUUUCAAUAAGGAUGCUGUACAGGUUCUUGUAGAGAUGGAUAGACGCGAUGAACUGUCGGGGAGAAUGAACGAGAUCUACCAACAGUUACAUUCAGCAUAUUGCCAGUUCCCAGUAAGCAAUCAUGAAUUCUGUCAAUCUGUACAGGCGCAUGGUUCUGUUAAUAUUGAGGAUCCAGGGCCCAUGGAUCCACAAGGCAAUACGCGAGGAAAGGAAUCCAGUGAAGUAAGUGAACCAUGGGCUGUAGUCAACUUUGGAAGAGAAUAGCCUAGAAUGAAAUAUUUUAGCUCAUUUCAUACUGUAUAUAACAUUCAUACUGCAGUAUUCAUACUGUAUUCUACACGAAAUGCACUUCCAUGUAUAACACCGUUCGGAUGGUGCUUUAAGAGUCGUUCUGCAGGGCAUGUAGCCUUUAAAUAGGAAAAUUCAAAGUUUAAAUAGGUAUAGGAUUAAGAUCUUUGAUAUUUUAGGUUUUCCUUUUCUUCAGAGGGUGGGGAUUAUUGUAAGUUAUAAAAUUACUGCGAAAGCAAUUUUGAUUUGCAUUUUCCACUUGCGAACCAAA